AUGCGUCGAACGCGGUCGGUGAGGAGCGAUGACGCGACCGUCGAUGAGUUGUCGCGCGCGAGGGAGCGCGCGAAGGCGGUGGCACGCGCGAUCCGGCGUAAAUCGGGCGAACUGCUGAAGAGCGCGAAGGAAGAGACGUCGAGGCGCGGGAAGAGCGCGGUUCGACGAGCGGUAACGGGAAGCGCGGAGACGCGAGUGCGGGAUUUUGUGAAGAUUCCGAGGGUGAUUAGACAGAUCGAUAAGGUGUCGUUCUGCGUAGGGGUGUUCGGGUUGAUGAUGACGGAGUACGUGGCGACGCGAGCGCCAGAGAAGUUUUGGAUGUUCUACGCAUUCGCGAUGCCAGCGAUCGUGUGCGUGAGGGCGGUGUACUAUCGAAUGAUUCGGUGGCAAUACUUUUUGUACGACUUUUGUUACUUUGCGAACGUGAGCGUGCUGGUGUUUCUGUGGACGAGGAGAAGCGCGACGGCGUUUCGGUGCAUCUUUGCCUUCGCCAACGGGCCAGUGCUGUUGGCGAUUCCUUUGUGGAGGAACUCGCUCGUAUUUCACUCCGUGGACAAAGUGCAGAGCGUGUUCGUGCACGCGAUGCCGUGUUUGAUGACGUGGUGCGGUCGAUGGUACGGGUUCGGGGACGAUGAGAACAGGCUGAGCGUGGCAGAUUUGGACUCGGAUGUGACCGUGUUGCAGGGCUCGUUGGAUCUCAUGGUGUAUCCCAUGCUCGCCUACCUGCUCUGGCAGACGCUCUAUCUCGUGAAGACGGAGUAUGUGGACAAGGCUAAGCUCGAUACCGAUCCCGCGCUGAUGACGUCACUCCGCUGGCUUGCGAGUGAUCGGAAAUCUGCGGCUAAUAAAUUCGCCCUGAAGACAAUGCGCGGCAUCGGUCUCUUCGGCACUGAUGAAUUUUUCGAUCCAAAAACGUGGAAGACCAAGUUCGUGUUCGUCAUGUUCCAGCUCUGCUACACCAUCGUCACGUUCAUUCCGAUUCCGUUCUGCUACCUGAAUUACUACGCCCACACGGCUCUGAUGUGGGUAUGCUUUGGCACCUCCGUGUACAACGGCGCCGUGUACUACAUCGACAUCUUCUCCACGCGUUACGUCGAGCGUCUCGCCCUCGCCGAGGAGUUCAUACGAUGCCAAAUGGUGAACGAGCUCACCGAGUCCGAGCUUGAAACGAUGCAAACGAUGGACUUCACCGAUUCCGAGAUCGAACAGAUUUUGAUGACUCCCGUCGACUAG